CUGCUCAUAAUUUGCAUUGAAGUAUAAACUAUAAACAUUUAAGAAUUGAUGGACUAUUUAAAUUUUAAGUCUGACAAAACAUUGUUUACAAAAUGUGAGAAUAAACAUAAAAACAAAAACUUUUACGAGGAAGUUAAGUCGGAUGUGCUAUGUGAAGACGAUUUUGGUAAUGGUAGCAUGGAAGAACAGCAGGCCUGUGUAUCGAAAAUGGAUGCAGAGCUAUUAUUAGACGAUUCACUAAAUCUGAAUUCUUCAACUACAAAAAAAGGAAUGAGAUUUGAAGGACAAACUCUUUUUUCACCACCGUUUUUCGAAAUGCAAAAUACUUAUAAUGAUCAAAUUCUUAAGAACACUUUGAUAGCGCGAUGUUGCACUUGUUCUGUUGUACUACGUGGUCAUAAGAAUGUCUCAUCAAAUUUUUUAAAACAUUUGCGAAACCAGCAUACUUAUUUAUAUAAAAAAUAUGAAACCAUCAAAUUUGCUAAAAGUCGAAAUAGUCGGAAAAGAAAAAGCAAUUUUGUGUUGGAAUACGAAGAACCAAAUUCUUUACUCGACUACGAACAAAGUUCAGAAAAUACGGACUCACACAUUACCCAAGAAAACGCAUCCCCACCUGAAGUCAAACCAACUUUAAGUAUUGAACAGAAUUUAGCAAAUGAUCCUCUUAGCAUUAUGGACAAUAUGCAUGAACAAGAUGCUUUAGAAAUGAACGGCAAAAUGACUGAAGAUAAAAGAAACAUAAAUAAUGAACUAGCAAAUAAUGAAUUUAUGAUGAAUAUUGAUAAUAUACUUGAGCAUAAAUUGAAAGACUUUAUAACUAAAAAAAAUUAUGUUUCAAACGCAGAAGUAAAUUCCUUGCCAGAAGAAAACUUACAAAACUCGAUGCAUGUUGCUCUCGAAAAACAAGUGUGUUCCUUGCAGAAAGAAUGUGAAGAAUUGCGUAAACAUUUAGAACAAACAAAAAUUGGGAGGGAACAAUUACAACGUGAAGUUCAAGCCAUGGAUAGAUACAUAAGACGAAAAUCAAUAGUUAUACGAAAUAUUCAUAUAAACGAUUAUAAAAAUCCCCAUAAUGAUAUACUACAAUUUUUUGGUGAAAAAUUAUCGCUCCCAAAUAUAGAUAUUAACAAUGUGAAUAUAAUGACUAAAUCUAAUAAUUCUAGACAAAAGUGUAGUUUGGUUGUGGAGCUAAAAAAUGAUAGCGAUGCAAAAUUAAUAUAUAAAAACUGUUGUAAAUUAAAAAACACUGGAAUUUUUGUUGAACCAUUUAAUUCCCAAUAUACACAAAGGCGUAAAGAAAAACUAAUAGUACUGAGAAAAGAAAUUAAAAGACGUAAACCUGAAUUAAAGGUAUUUGUUCAAGGCCACCAACUUGCGGUUAAUGGAACUAGUUUCUAUUGGGACGACAUGGAAGGACUGUGCAUAGCUCGAGUAAUAAAUUGGGAUAAUUGUACUGUUAAGCCUGCCGCUGAAUAUCUGGAAACUGCGACGGGAUUAAAUUUAUCAGAAUUUUUAAAUGUAUUAAAAAAUUAUAAUGUGCAAUUUAGGUAGAAUAAUUUAAAGUAAGUUUUACUUAAUAAU